AUGUUUGCUUAUUUUCUGGGCAAUAGGAACACAAGAGGCAGCAGCGUCAGUGUGUGCUGGGUUAUCAACACGGUCAACAUCACGGCCGUCAUCCGAGACUACCCCGGAGACUUCGACCGGGGGCUUUCCAUCCUCAGUUCUUACACCGAACAAAAGCAGUUCUGUAGGGGCUAUUGCAACGUCAAAUACAACAACCAGUCAAGCCAGUGCAAUUGGCUCAACCUCGCCAACUCUAUCAACAGGGGCUAUUGUGGGAGUCGUUAUUGGAAGUGUCGUAAUGGUGGCAUUCUUCCUAGCCAUGAUUGCUUUUAUUCGAUAUAG